AGUGCGAUUACCGCGGCUGCUGGCAGUCAGAGGCUCGUGCUGGCCUUGUUUGUUGGACACGGGACACCAUUGCCGUUUUCUGGCUCAGAGCGGUUUGCGUGCUUAGAUGAAUUGCUGAUCGCCCAAAUGUAAUUCCCAUCGAGGGCCGCCAGAAAGCAGUCACACACUCGCAGGAAGUGCAACGAAAUCGCAGCGAAAAAGCGUGGAAAGGCGAGCCGCAGGGAGCUGGAAAAAUUGCAUUGCCUUCUUUCGGGCGCACAAAGAAAAUGAGCGCAAAGAUGACGCGCUACAAGCAAACCGAAUUCACGGAAGACGACUCGAGCUCCAUCGGCGGCAUUCAAUUGAACGAGGCGACCGGCCACACUGGCAUGCAGAUACGCUACCACACCGCGCGGGCCACAUGGAAUUGGCGCUCGAGGAACAAGACGGAGAAAUGGCUGCUCAUCACCACCUUUGUGAUGGCCAUCACGAUCUUCACCCUGCUGAUCGUCCUUUUCACAGACGGCGGCAGCAGCGAUGCGACCAAGCACGUCCUCCAUGUCCAGCCGCAUCUGAAAGAAUGUCCUUCCGGAAACGAGCUUCCCUGCUUAAACAAGCACUGCAUCUUUGCCUCCAGCGAGAUCCUCAAGUCCAUCGACGUGACCGUGGACCCCUGCGAUGACUUUUACGGAUAUUCCUGCAAUCAGUGGAUCAAGAACAACCCCAUUCCCGAGGGCAAGUCCACGUGGGGCACCUUUGGCAAGCUGGAGCAGAUGAACCAGCUGAUCAUCCGCAAUGUGCUGGAGAAGCCGGCCAAGAGCUUCAAGUCGAACGCGGAGCGCAAGGCCAAGGUGUACUAUGAGUCCUGCCUGGACGCGGACGAGCACAUGGAGAAGCUGGGGGCCAAGCCCAUGAACGAUCUCCUGGUGCAGAUCGGCGGUUGGAACGUGACCAAGAGCGGCUACAACGUGACCAACUGGACGAUGGCCAGCACCCUCAAGACUCUGCACAACAGAUACAACUUCAACUGCCUGUUUGGCUGGGCGAUUGGGGAGGACGACAAGAACUCCUCCCGCCACGUCAUCCAGAUCGACCAGGGUGGCCUGACGCUGCCCACCGCCGACUACUACAACAACAAGACGGACAACCACCGCAAAGUGCUCAACGAGUACAUUGAGUACAUGACCAAGGUGUGCGUCCUGCUGGGCGCCAACGAAUCGGAUGCCCGGGCCCAGAUGAUCGGCGUCAUUAACUUCGAGAAGAAGCUGGCCAACAUCACGAUUCCCCUGGAGGAUCGUCGCAACGAGGAGGCCAUGUACCACCCCAUGCAGCUGCGCCAGCUGGCCAAGCUGGCCCCGUUCCUCAACUGGACGGAUCAUUUCGACAAUGCCAUGCAGAUGGUGGGUCGCCGGGUCACCGACGACGAGGUCGUGGUCGUCUACGCCCCCGACUUCCUCAAGAACCUCUCGGACAUCAUCCUCAAGAUGGAGCAGAGCGAGGAGGGAAAAAUCACCCUGAACAACUAUCUCGUCUGGCAGGCGGUUCGCACCCUGACCAGCUGCCUGUCGAAGCCCUUCCGGGACGCGUACAAGGGCGUGAGGAAGGCCUUGAUGGGCUCGGAUGGCGGCGAGGAGAUCUGGCGCUACUGCGUCUCGGACACCAACAAUGUGGUUGGCUUCGCCGUGGGCGCGAUCUUCGUGCGCCAGGCCUUCCAUGGCGAGUCGAAGCCGGCGGCCGAGCAGAUGAUCGCCGAGAUACGCGAGGCCUUCAAGAUGAACCUACAGAACCUGACCUGGGUGGACAAGCAGACGCGCGAGAAGGCCAUCGAGAAGGCCAACGAGAUCUCGGACAUGAUCGGCUUCCCCGACUACAUCCUGGACCCCGUCGAGCUGGACAAGAAGUACGCCGAGCUGAACAUCACGCCGAACGCCUACUUCGAGAACAACAUCCAGGUGGCCAUCUACAAUCUAAAGAGCAACCUGAAGCGGCUCGACCAGCCGGUGAACAAGACCAACUGGGGCAUGACCCCGCAGACGGUGAACGCCUACUACACGCCCACCAAGAACCAGAUCGUCUUCCCCGCCGGCAUCCUGCAGACGCCCUUCUUCGACAUCAACAACCCCAAGAGCCUGAACUUCGGCGCCAUGGGCGUGGUCAUGGGCCACGAGCUGACCCACGCCUUCGACGACCAGGGGCGCGAGUACGACAAGUUCGGCAACAUCAACCGCUGGUGGGACUCCAAGAGCAUCGAGCGCUUCAACGAGAAGUCCGAGUGCAUCGCCCGCCAGUACAGUGGCUACAAGAUGAACGGACGCACGCUCAACGGCAAGCAGACGCUGGGCGAAAACAUAGCCGACAAUGGGGGCCUGAAGGCGGCCUACCACGCCUACCAGCGCACCAAGAGCGACCGCGACGUGGAUGUCCUGAAGCUGCCCGGCCUGAAUCUCACCCACUCGCAGCUGUUCUUCGUGUCCUUCGCCCAGGUCUGGUGCUCCAGCACCACGGACGAGACGAACCUGCUGCAGAUGGAGAAGGAUCCGCACUCGCCGUCGCAGUUCCGGGUGAUCGGCACCUUGUCGAACAUGAAGGAGUUCGCCGAGGUGUUCCAGUGCAAGCCCGGCAAGCGGAUGAACCCCACCGAGAAGUGCGAGGUGUGGUAGAGGGAACAGCCCGAACCCGAUCUCAGAACGAGCCAAAGAUAGAGAUAGCGAUGGAGGUCAAGCCAAAGCUCGGGAGAUCCUAUCUGCCGGACCUUAUGGCCUAGGUUAUGCCCGCUUUUUGUUUGCCAUUUGUCUUUUUGUCUUUUUGUCGAAAGACCGUCAGUCAUUGUGCCUAAGAAAAUGAUCGAAACUGACGAUAAAUUCACGGUCGUGCUCCGAGGGAUUCAAGGAUCCUGGAGCGGGAUCUAGGGGACCUUUAACUACAUUUGAAUGUGAACGCACGAGCUACCAACUAUAUGGGGUGGGUGUGUGCGCUAUGGAACACAGAAACAUACACCCAAUGGGGCUGAUAUACAUAUAUAUAUAUAUAUAGAUAUGAUAACGAUAAACCGUAAAUGUAACUUAGCUAUUUGUAGAACUAUCCAUGUAUAUUGUAUUAUAAUGAUACAAGGUUCGCAGCUCGCAGCCCGAGGAUGGGUUUUCUUUUAUCUGUGCUCCGCUCUUUUUUACAACUCUGUAUCUUGGCAUUCUAGAGAAUUCGAAAGUUCCCAACCUUUUUUCAGAAAAACACCUUUAAGUCGAAGUUCCUAAGUUAGGGAUAGGAGUGUAGAGAAGGUCUAGGGGCAGUGUGAAAUCGAAGGAGAUGGAGAUAGAGAUGGGAGUGUCGAGUGAGAGGCGAACAGUGUGCUUUUGAGUUGCCAGAAACAACUGAGUGAUUACGUUUAAAAUGUAUUUAAGUUCACUUGUUUUCUUAGUAUGCAAUUUGUUGAUUUAUCUUUAAUUUACCAUCCUAUGAAGCAGAGGAAGAAACUCAAAUAAACACCAAUUAACUAAUAAUUGCUCAGAUACUGAGAUACAUAGCCAACCGAACGCGUUUUCUUUUGUACGAAGGAAAAACAUAUCAGACCAAGAUGAUGUGAGCCAACCAGAGCCAACAGCAGCCACGUAAAUCUAUGGAAUUUAAAUAGGCACCAAAUCGAAAUCAGUCCCAGAGUCUAGCUAUAAGAUACAGAACACUCAGUCACAGAUCUUCGCCUGAAGGAAAUUCGAGUCACUUUCCCUUUAGUUUCUGUUAGAUUCAGAUACAAGCGAAGAAUGCAUUUAUCCUUAAGUUUCGUUUUUCCCUCCCUAAAUCAAAUGCAGAACACCGUUUGUUCUUGUAUUAUAGAAGCAUUUAUGAUUUUCCCCAAUCAUUUCGUGGGGCAGGGGAAUGGAGAGAAUGGGGGGUGGGUGGUUGAGGGGGCGUACUAUCGAAACCCCCCUGUAUCCAUGGCGGCAUCCAGCCGACGACUUUUGUAUUCUAUAUAUGUACUAUAUGAUAGUUGAAGAAACGAUAACUAUAAUACAAAUAUUGAAACAUUAUUAUUAUACAAGCUACAUAUACAUUAACUGAAUGUUUAAAUGCAAAUUAUUUUUAUUGUCUAUUAAUAAAGUGUAUAUGUGUGUGCAUGUAUGCAUUUGCAAAACAGAAACAAACAAUAAAGAACGCUACAGUCGAGCAUCCCGACUAUGGGAUACCACUA